AUGAGCCUUAGUGAUGUCUGGAAUCGUUUCUUUGGAGGGACUAUUCCAGUUGACUGGACAAAAAAAGAAGCUCUUAUUUCCAAUUAUGGAAAUUUUCAUGUACAUGAAGUAUUAUACAGUUUCAUCAACUAUACUGCAAUUAACAUAUCAGGGAAUGAUAAUAAUAAACUUCUUGUUUCUAAUUCUGUUUUUGAAUCAGGUUUUGCUGAUCUUAAUAAUUAUUCUAUCGUUAGAAUCGCUCAAUAUCUUGGGGCUUGCGUCCAAUACAGAGUUUGUAGUUCAAGCAUUGCUGCUGCAAACAAAAUGAGUUUCUCGCAUUCAGCGAUAGCAGUUUCAAACUCGGAUUCAUAUAAAAAUUACAUACUCGAUUCAACAAUCAUCAAUACAGAAACAAUCUUUGGAUCGAUUUCUAGUUAUUAUGGAAAUAUUUUAUAUAAAAAUAUUAAUAUAUCACAUUCUCAUUUAACUUGGUCAGGAAUCUAUAAAAAUGGUUACGCAAAUAGCAUUAUUAGAUUUUCUAAUUUUUUAAAUAAUUCCGCAGAGGAUGGUUUUAUUUAUCAUAAUUGCAUAGGAGAUAUGUCAUACUGUAUCAUUAAUGAAAAUAAAAUCCGUGAACAUUAUAGUAUACCUGAUGCAGAAACGGGUGCUGUUUAUCAAGCAUACGAAAAUUGUCAGAUUACAAUUAGCCAUUGCAUGAUUAUAAAUAACACAGGUUAUUCUUUGUUUUUUAUUGGGCCUACUUCUAAUCUAACUGCAAAUUCUUGCUUUAUAGAUACUUCUCUUCCUUCAUAUUAUAAUACUACUAUACCUCUCAAUUCACCAGUUAUAUACACUAUUGAUUCAUUAAGCAUUCAAAACGAUAAUUUUGUUACUGCCUUAUGCUCAGCUGUACAUCCAAUUUCAUAUUUAAAUAAAGUCAUUUUAGAGAAAGUGUUAUUUGAAAAAGGAAAAGACAAAUUCAUCAGAGGCACAGUUUUUCUAGAUGAAAGAAGGAUAGAACCACUAAAUAUAAUUACUCAGAUUGAUGAUUUUCCAAUUAAUUCUGAAUACAAAGACGAUUUGAAUUCUCAAUAUUCAUUUUCAAUCAGUAUCCCCGAUGAAUUGCACAAUGGAACUCAUUCUCUUUCUGUUCGAUAUACGGACAAUGGAAUCGAACUAUCCAAUACAGUACAUGUCAACUUUGAUUUUGUCAUUUCAUUUUCCCUUGAAUUAGAUGACCCUUCGAAGAAAACUUUUAAUAAAACAAUAGACACAGUAAUUCCAGUAAGCGGGAGAGGAUAUUUUGUAAGUGAUUUCUCAUUGCAUUGCAGCGUUAAUGACAUAGAAGUUGCUUUAGAAUUAUCUAUGAAUAAAACAGAAUCAAUUUCGACCUUUUCGUUUGAUGGCAAUUGUAGUAUUAAAGAUUUUCCAUUAGAAGAAGGUCAAUACACUUUAAAAGUGUGGGUCUCAACAACAACAGGCGAAUCAAAGAUGCAAUCAAAACAAUUUAUGUUUUAUAGAAAUCAUCAUUUUCUUGAUGUAACCACCAGACCGAAAGAAAUUUAUAGAUAUAUAUUAGAUCGAAAUAUUGUAAUUUCAGGAACAGUAUCUGAUCUUGAUUGUGAUGAAAUUAUCAAUGUUACAGCAUCAAUUGAUAAUCUAACAUCAAAAAGUACUAUCAUCAAUAUUGACGAUAAGUAUGAUCAUGAAUUUAAUUUAAAUUUAGAUAUCCCUGAAAAUUUGAAGUCAGAAUUUCAUACAAUUAAUUUAACUAGCUGCGAAAAGAAUAACUAUUGUUUAAAUAAGACUUAUAUCUUCAAGUAUUUAUACAAUGAACCGGUUCUUUCCAUACUUGAAAAACCAAGUUUCCCAAUUUUUAUCAAUAAACAAAAGUUUAUUAAUUUAGUUUUAUCAUUACAAGAUAUCGACGGAAAUAGCAAUAUAAGUAUAUAUCACAAGAUAAAUAACAGUGAAAGCUACAACUUGCUUAACAAAACUAUUAGAACCUCGGAUCCUGUAAGAUUUAAUUAUGAUAUUCCAAUUAAUGAUGAUAUUUCAGUUGGAAGCUGUCAAAUUGAAAUUAUUGCAGAAGAUCAAAUCAUCUUUUCUCAAAUCUAG